AUGGCCAGCGCUCUGACGUCUUCCCUCUCGAAGUUCAACCCGUUCGGUGGGAAGGGCAAGCAAGACGACGACGAAAAGGGCGAGGCUCUUGACCUCGACUCUUCCCUCCAGACCUUAUCAAAGAAGCACGUCACGAAAGACCAGCUGAAAGUCAGCAAAGCAUUACGCUCGUUUCUCGCACACGAAAGUGUCCUUUCAGAGCAGGACGCUGGUGUCGACUCAGACAAGCCGACCGAUGCGAUCCGAGAACUGCUGGAUCAGCCACACAUCCGUGUACCGACGAGUGUAAUUGACAGGAAGCAUCCGCUUGCUGAAUACUUCAUCAGCUCCUCUCACAACACGUACUUGACUGCACAUCAGUUGUACGGUGAGGCUGACCCUGUGGCUUAUCGGAUUGCGUUGAGCACUGGCUCACGAUGUGUGGAGAUCGAUGCCUGGGACAACGACGACGAUAAAGAAGAGCCAAAGGUCACGCACGGCUUCACUUUAGCGUCGAACGUCGCUUUCCGAAGGGUCUGCGAGGUCAUGCGAGAUGUCGUGGACAAGGAAGCUGCGGAGGGCGUUGGAGAGUCCGGCUAUGGAGCUGCGCCAAUCAUGCUCUCUUUGGAAAACCACUGCUCUGCUCACGGCCAACAAAGGCUUGCGCAAAUCAUGAAGGAGGUCUGGGGUGAUCGAUUGCUAAGCCAACGAGUUCGCGAUCAAGGCUCGGGCGAAGAGCAGGGCAGUGGCGAUCAAGUCACUCUUGCGGCCAUGGGGUCCAAGAUCGCAGUCAUUGUGGAGUACUUCUUCCCCGACCAGGAGAUUGAGUCCGACAGCGAAGACGACGAACAAGAAGGAGAAGCCGAGGCGCGUGCUCGCGAGAAGUACAAGAAGCAGAAGAAAGACGCGCCUCAGGAGGGCAUCAUCCCAGAGCUUGCUGAACUGGGCGUCUAUGCACAGUCGGUCAAGCCUCGCGACCAGUCCUGGCUGCAGGGCGAGCUACAAGGUGGUCCACACGACCACCUCAUCAAUGUCUCCGAAUCAGGUCUCGGCUCGCUCAUGGAAAAGAUGGCGAGCAACAUCAGCAAGCACAAUGCAAAACACCUCAUGCGUGUCUACCCGAAAGGAACCCGCAUCUCCUCGCAGAACCUCCAUCCAGUGCCUUUCUGGGGCGUGGGAGCACAAAUAUGUGCUUUGAACUGGCAGACGUUUGAUGCGGCCAUGCAGCUGAACGCAGCGCUGUUUGCGGGAACAGACGGCUAUGUCCUCAAGCCGGAGGCUCUCCGUUCCGGCGGCUCAGGCAAGCUUGGUGGAGGCAAGAAGAAGCAGCUGCGUCUAAGGGUUGCUGGUGCCACGGACGUACCCAUCCCAGAGGAUCGGGAAGCCAAGGACAUCAAGCCCUAUGUCACAUGCACCCUCCACCACCCAAGUGACCUCGAAAACGAGCCUCCCAAGAAGAAGACGGCAGCUUACAAGCAGCACAAGCUGGGUGUCAUGCACCGCGGUCUGAACCCGCCGAACAAGAAUCCGGUCUAUGAUGAGACGCUAGAGUGGGACUUUGAGGACAACGAGCUCACGUUUUUGCGAAUCUUGAUCAAGAGUGACGACAGCUUUGCGAAAAAUCCCAUAUUUGCCGUGGCUUCUGUCAGGCUGAUGUAUGUAGUUGAGGGGUGGACGUUCAUCCGCAUGCUGGACCUCAAGGGCAAGGAGACGCAUUGUACGUUGCUGGUCAAAUUUGAUCUUGAGGAUGCGAUGUGA